UUCUAGUUUGCAAACUAUUCUGUGGUGUUUCGGCACAUGAGAAAAAAAGUCCCCAGACCUGUCUAACUGAGCGCACGUCUCUCUCCUCACAGCAGCAGUUACUGUUCAUGGAGGAGCCCCACUGGAGGCACCAGCAAUGUUCCCCCCACAGAGAAGGCUGAUCCUGGAGCUGCUCUUACUGCUCAGUGUGAGCUCACAGGUCCAGGGAAAAGAAAAUGAAUGUGCCUUGGAAGUUCUUGUCCCACGAAACUCUGUGUUGAAUAGUCCUGCUUUGAGACGAUUAACAAUAAACUGUGGGCUUAAAUACUGUGAGGAGAAACCUGCGGUGAAAUGGUGUAAACUUCAUGAGAAAACAUGCAACCCUGUGAAUAAGACAGACAUUAUUACAACUGAGUGGAAGGAGAAGGAUCCCAAUUCAGCCACCUAUUCUCUAACCUUCUCUAAAAUAACCUUGGGUGACAGUGGUCAGUAUCGAUGUGAAGCUGCAGCAAAUGUGAGCUCUGUGUACCAAAGUACUGUGAGCCACUCCAUACUAGUCUCUGUGUCAGAGGCAGUUAAAACAGUUAAUAUCAGUGAAAACAACACGACAGGUGAAGAAAUCCCACGGCAAGGGAAUCCUGACUGGCUAACCUAUAUUUACAUAUGUGCUGGAGUGGUGGCUUUCAUCAUAAUUGUGAUGUUCAUCUCAUUUCUCUGCAUCCAAGGGCAAAAAUCAGCACCACAAUCUGCAGCACCAGUCCAGACAAAACAGCACAUCGCACCAAAGCCAUCUGGACAAGGCAGUGCUCCUCCCGGUCUCCCUGACCGGCCUAGGAGUGUGCGUUCCCAAACCGCAGGUCCUGCCAGCGAGACGAACACCACGUACGAUAACGACGGUGUCCGGAGAAAAUCCAGGUCCAAGAGGACAGCUCCCAACGGUGUUUCACCCACAAAACAAAAAGUCCCUUCCCACGUUGCAGUAAUGGUGGAUCAUUCUGACGUCUAUGACAAUGUAGAGCGCGGAGAAGAGGAAGUGUACCCCAUUGUGUACGCAGCCUUGAACCACAACAGCGACAAAAUUGCUGCACGCUCCUCAGAGCCCCUGGAGGACACAGAGUAUGCAGCCAUCCGCGUCUAAGGUCCUGUAGAGGUGGUACGUUUACUGGCCAUUAACCAUUGCUCAAUCAAAAGUUCAAUAUGAUGUUAAUUUAAACAAAUCUCGGGAUUAUGUGCGUUUCAAACAGGUGUUUACCACUGAUAUCUAAUGUAAUGGUGCUACUGCAAACAAUGCCAGCAUGGUGACGUCACCGCCCUUCCCUCUGACUAGCAGGGACCUCAGCCGGUGGGCUGAGGGGAGAUCUGCCUUUAGCUCAGCUGGCUGGUUCCCUGUCGAGUGAUGCUGGAGGUCCAGGUUUGAGCCCCAUUAGUGGAGGGUCAACCUGAGGCUGGAGUGGCGAAGGCACAUACGCAUGUGAACCCGGAAGUGCUACAAUAUGAACAGGUAACGGGUUUAUUCCAUGCUGAAAAGAUAAGAAAGGAAACACAACGUUUCAGCUGUGAAGCCUUCUUCAGGUGUUAGGUAAACCUGUUACCUGUUCCUUUGCAGUCUAUGCAUGCUGACGUGGGUACCUACAUGAUGUAUUGCAUUACAACCUCUUACCAACUUAUACACAGAGCACAAUGACUAUUUUCAGAAGACUGUGUCCCCCUUUUGUUAUUCCUGAAAUGUCACACAGAUGUCCAGAACAAUAUUCAUGGUCUGCUGUCCUGGAUUCUUACAUUAUUUCUGCAGCAUUCACAGUGUCUUGGGAUUCUCUAUGGCUGUUCUAAGUGUCCUAGUGAUAGCAGGAAGAGGGUGGACACUCUCCUGCCUUGUUUUCAACAAAUGUCUUGUUGUAAGAGUGUUUAGUUCAUUUCAUACAGUCAUGAACUUUUCUUCCAUUCUUAGAUGCAAAGACACUAUAUUUAUGAAUGAAGUUCGAUGUUUAAGGUUCCACAAGGUGAUUGACAAAUUCUUUGAGCAGGGUUGUGAGGAGGAAAAAUAUUUUCUCAAGGAGGUCAGGGUGCACACAUUGAGUUCUUGAACUUGCAGGAGAGGAGGGGUGGCGGGAUGGUGGUCUUUAUUCGUACACAUACAGCAUCAACUGAGGGAAGAGGGCCUGAGUUUUGUUGCAUAAUGUGAGGUGAACCAAAGUUAAAUGUCUUGAACUUCAAAAGGAGUGGGGACAGGCUGUCAAACAACCACUGACCAGAGCUGAGAAAGGACGGGGUUUGCACAUGCUUGAAGAAGAGCCAAUUAUGUAACUCCUUUGCUAUCUAUAGAUGAACUAUUUUCUCCUUACAAACUUCAGAAUACCACAGCACACCUUUCAAUGUUUUAACCCAACUGAGAUUUUCACAGUCCAUGAUUGUAUAUACAGUAUAUAUUGUAUUAUUUUCUCUGUUUUAAUGCUAUUUAAAUUAAUGUUUAUUUAAUUCCUGCAUCACCCUAUGCCACAGCAUUUGUAUGUCAAAGGCAUAACAGUGUAAUAGCUUAUGAAUGAGUAAAAAGUAAGAAAAACUCAGUUUUUGAAAAAUUGCAGGCAUUUUUAUACAUUGUAAAAUUGAAUUUUAAGGGUAUAAAUGAGCUAGUUUUGUAUUCUGGAGGUGACACUUAUCACAAAGGUAUUGUAUUCGAAAAACCCAAAACAUUGUGACAUCACUGUUACCUAUAAUUUUCCACUUUAGAAAUUUAGAACAUGAAAGAACUUAAGUUAGUUUGCAAAUGAGACACCAUUUGGCCCAUUCAUAUACUAGAUAUUAAGUAACUAUUUGUUCUGUGGAUCCCAGCCUUGGCUAAAUAGCUUGUCUCAUACUCCCAUAACCCUUUGAGUAAAGUAGUGCCUCCAGAAUGUUCAUGUACAUCUGAAUGUUCCAUCUAGUGCUUUCUAUUAGUACAGACAGAGAGAAGCUUUCCUUUACUUUUUAACUUUAUUCCAUCAGUGAGAUAUUUACAUCAGUAAUCCUAACUUUUCAUUUCAGGUUUGACAUAUAUUGUUCCUUAACCAGAAAAUCAAUAGACAAAUUAUGAAGAGGAAUGCUUGAAAUAACAACAUUUCUGAUGUUUCUCAAACAGUUUAGUAACGUUUUUGUCCACUGAUUCAAAUAAUUAUUGUAUAUCAUUUUGUGUCUUUAAAAUCUAAAACCUUUAUAUAAAUAGUGUAUGUCUAGUUAUCUUAAAAACACAUGACAGAAUUACAGUAACUCUUGAUUUUCCCUCUCUGGUGCAUAUGUUUUUAUGAGAAUUCUCUCUGGUCUUUGAUACUGGAAUAAAGCACUAAGACGUUGGAGAAUGUAAUGUUUUAACCCCUCAUGAAACUAAUGGGAAAUUCCAAACAUUUGUAUUUUUCAUAUAAUCAAAAGAUUUUCCCCCACCGGCUCAAAUUUCUUCUCCUGUUUCACAGAUGGAGGUGGGAGGCCCCUCACUUCCAGUAAUGUCUGAUAAGAAACUGAAACAAGUCGACAAAAUACCACAACACCUUAACAAUGUAUGGUUAACUUUCGGUUAAAAGUGGUCUCUUAAAUCUGAUUGUGAGAGUCAGAUUACUCUAUCUCACCGAAAAACUCUAAUGUUUAAUGUUUAAUGUUUCAAUUUCAGAGUGCAUGAAUAUUGUUUUUAUAUUGUGUUUUAAAGGUUGAAGUUUUGUGCAAUUUGUAGAUGUCGAGAUUUAUGUAAUUAAUAUUGUUGGUAUUUAAAUAGCUUACAAGUUCAAUCUGUUUUUAAUACUUUUUCUGACAGGGUUAAAGUCAGAAUAAUGUAGAUUUGUACAGUACUCCCUUUGUAAGUUGUGAACAAAGCAGAUAUUAUCAGGGUAGUUCAACUGGCACAAAUAUAAAAAGGCUUUGACAGGAAGCCCUGUUUAUUUUCACAAGGGUCACACCAAGGAUCAAUGAUGUCAUCUAGAGCAAAUGCUAAUAUUUCUCCCAUGAGCAUUUGUGUCCAUUCCUUCGCAAGCCUUUAGUUACUGAUUAAUAAAUACACAUUGAUGGACAACUUGAAACAGUCACAGGCUGGGGUAAAGCACAACUGUAACAGACUGUGAGUGGCUCUCACUGCCAAGCCAUCCUGCCUAUAGAUGUAACAUCCUGCUGUAUGUUAGCUGAGUUUAAAUCCAAUCAAUUAUGUAGGACAAUUAUGUCAUGGCUAUGGCUGUUGUAUUUGCUGUUGUACAUACUUCCAUUGUACUGUUCUUCAAUGCUCUAGCAGAGAAUGCAGUUUCAGUAUCCUUAGAAAUGGGAGAUUUACUCUGAAAACUAAUUUGAAUGUAUUGGAACUAAAGAAAUGGCUUUAAGGGAAAUACUUGAAGUUUCCUGUGAUUUUAUUUUAUUUCGUUUUAUUUAUGAAUCUUUUGCACAUUUGUCAUGGCUCUAUAAUGUUUUAUGAAUACCACAAGCUGUGACUUAAUUUAAUUCCACCUGUAUAAAAUUACAUUUAACUGAAAUGGUCAAGAGAGGUCCUGUGAAAUAUUUCUCAAUUGACUAGAUCCCUUUAAUGUUGUACUGUUGCACAAUCCCCCUCUUUUGGAGGCUCAGAUAUGGAGAUUAUUGUCUGUAAUGGUAAAAAUGCCACAAACUUUGCUUAGACUUGGAGAUACAGCUGCCCUCUGUGUCACCGGUCUGAGAACAAUGUAAUGUAACAGACUUUCCACCGCUGCUUUUGAGUUGGUUGUUGUAUUAAAAAAGUGUUGUGCAUAUUGUAAAAUAUUUGCUUAAACAAUGAAAAUGUUUAGCUUUAAAUAGU